CGCCCUUUGUCUGUCCGCGGCACCGGGUGGACCCUGUGCUGAGGGAACGAACACACUGUGCUCCCGGGUCAGGGAAACAUGUCCCGUCGGAAACAGACCACUCCGAACAAAGUUCACUCCUGCUGUGUAUCUGGAGGGCCCAGAAUUGCCAUGCAGUGCACUGGUGAAUGACGAGGAAAAUCGGAGAGAGCAUCAUCUCCAAGAUCUGGGUGAGCCAGCAGAAUGAGGAAUCAGGCUGAGACAUAGCAGGCACGUUACUGAAACUUCUUGGGACUGAAAUUGUUGGGAGGAGAGGAAUAAAAGGGCCAGCAGGUAUGCACCUUUUUAUGCAGUUGUCUGCAAUUGGGAUCAGAUCUGGCAGGCUGCGGGGCUUGGGAAGUGCUUUGUGGAUUUGUAUAAAUGCCGCUGUGAAUACCUAACAGGACGAAUUCACCAGAAGAUGAUGCCUACUUCUUCCUUGCUUGCUGCUCUGUUAACUUCCUUCUCAGAUUCACUUGUGCAGGCAACAGCUACGUUCUCCUGUCCCUGGCUUGUUCAUUGCCGCCUCUUGCCGGAGUUACUUUCUAGGCUCAGCAUGGCCCCCGUUUAACCUUGCUCUCACAAUAGCAUUUGCUAUCUCCACUUAGCACAGAAGUACUUUGGCAUGGAGAGUUGUGUGGUUACCAGUCAAACUAUUUUAAACAGAUUUUGGUGUGUAAGGAAACUAGUACUGCAGUAACAACAGUAAGAAAUACUUAAAAUCAUGAGCACGUCCUUGUGUGUGAUUGCCAGUCCACUUGUAGUUUUCAUUGUAGACAUUUCAGUUUGGCAGGAUGCAGCAAAUAAUUGGCUUUUAAUAACUGAAUUUUGUGUCGCCAUGUGCUGCAUAAAAAAUGCUUUUAUCUGAUUAUAUAUUAAGAAAUAGAGCUGUAAUACUGAAGUGUACUUAUUGCAUUGCCCAUUCCUCACUGAACUGAAAAAUGACACGCAGUUAUAUUGUUCCUGUGGAAGUAUCUUCAUUCAUUUGGUCUUUAUUUUCUUCCAGACUCUAAACUAUAAAGGUAUCUGCUCUCUAAGCAAUUAAUCUUCUGAUCUUGCUUCAAGCCUGUCCUUUGCUGCAAUGUCACUCAUCAGCUGUAGGUUAUUCCACUGUUCUUGAGCUUGCUGGGAAUUCUGCUGCAGGUAUUAGAGUGUGCUUUUGUUUCUUCUUCCUGCUGUCCCAUCAGCUGCUUUUCUUUCUAUGGCUUCUACCUUUUGCAAAUGAUACUUUAGAGUUCUUGAGAACAGUAUUUAUUAAUCAAAUUAAUUUCCACUUCCUAGCUUUAUUCUGCGUGGUCCCAAUAUCCCAUUAAUCCUCAGUUUCUCUCUUCCCACUGGUAUCAUUAGAUAUAAUAUAUAUAUAUAUAUAUAUGCACACACUUUCUCUCCGUCUCUGUGCUCUUCCGUAUUUCUUGAAUUCUGCUGCCUGUAAUACUCCCAAUUUGAAAGGAAAGUAUUUUUCAAGAAAUAGCAGCCAGCAUUCAAAGUGAGCAACAACUGUUAUUUGCAUCAAAAUCCUUGGUUCUUAAGGGGUUCUGUGGACUGCGGUUAUUAACACUUUCAAUUGUUGUUUUUCAUUGCAGUAACCGCUACAGCAGUGUGGACAACCCAGAAUAGCGAUGGGGCAGGUGGAUUAGAUCCACAGUGGUGGACAGACUUGCAAAUUUCAGGUCCAGGAAAGGAACACAGAGAAGACCUACAUGAACAGGGACCUUAAAUUGAUGUACGAGGAGGGAGUAAAGGGGCUCAUCUCAGAGAUUUUCUGUUCAGGAAGGCAGACAGGGGAAUGAUGCAGUUUAUUUUGAUUUUCGUUUUGUGGAUUUUGGAGUGAGGUUAUUUGUUUGUGUGUUUAUUUUCCAGAACACCUGAGAGUUAUCCUGCAUUCAUACAGUUCAAGAAGGGAAGGGCUAAGGAAAAUAAUCAUUUUUGGCUGCGAAGCUGAUACACCAUCAGAUCGCAGCAGUCAUAACUGCCCCUGUUGCGCAGUACCACAGGGCUGGCCCCUACCUCCACAGCUGCUCUCCUGGCAUCCCACUCAUUUGCAAGAUUAUGGAGUGGAGAACUGAAAAGCAGAACAGAGGCAGUUGUUUGACUCUCACUGCUCUACAUCUGUAGCUGCUUGUGGAAACAAAUACAGCAACUUGUUUUGGUGUUGUGGUCAGCCCACAGCCCUUCCUGUAUUUAAUAAAGAAACUUCUGGAGAAGAGUCUGUGAAUUCAAUAUUGAGCAUAAUGUCCUUUACUGAUAGUGGUGAUCCUAAAGCUGUUGCCUGUCUUACUCCCUUUCUACAGAAAUGCAAAUGUAUUCAAACUGGGGUGGAUGUGGGGGUGUGUUUGUGUGUGGGUGUGUGUGUGUAGACAAUAAAAACAUAACCCUGUACCUAUCAAACACUAAGGAUCCAAAGCUUCACUGAUGUAGGCCUUAGUCUGUCAGUAGAUGAACUGAGCACUCUUCUCCAAGUUCUUCCAGAGACUCUAUUAGUAGAAUAAGAAAUUCUGUAUAAGCAAAAUACAGAGUUUUUAAGUUUAUUUUUCCCACUUCCAUGAUACCUUUCAGAUACAAGGUAGUGGUUUGGUUAAUGGUUUGCAUUCCUGGCUGUAAGCUGACUGACCACACUGCGCUGAAUCAGUCCUAAUGUGGUUGUGUGCAUGUUAUACCAAAAGGCCUCUGGCAGACGCGAUUGCUCUGCUGGUUGUUGUGAUUGGUGUUAGAAGUAGAAUCACACGAUCUCAGAAUGGCUUGGGUUGGAAGGGACCCAAGUGAUUAUCAGGUUCCAACCCCUGCUUGGCAGGGCUGCCAGCCACUAGGUGAAGCACUAGGGCAGGUUGCCCAAGGCCCCAUCCACCCUGGCCUUGAACACUUCCAGGGAUGGGGCAUCCACAGCCCCUCUGGACAACUUCAGAAACUUCUGAAGGCCUUUGAAAUCUUCCAUUAACUAUUGCUUUUUAAAGCAGCCUUGCAAACUUCGAGCUAAGCACCAGAAAGGCAGUGUGAUGUAAAUAUGGGGCAAAGCUGGCUGAAGCAGUUCAGCUGUGAAAAGCACCUGUCCCUGUAACAGGACUGGCGCACUCCUUAAUCCUUUGCACUUAAAUAGUAUUUCUGCAUUUAUGCUUUGAGUAGUUCCUGUGAACUUAGAACUGCUGAUCCAAAAGCUGUAGCCAUUUGGGAACUAGCACCUUGCCCCAAGUGCUCGUAGCUUAUCCUCUGCUAACAGCAAGUCUUAACUGCCUGUAGAACAAAGUCAUUUGUUUGUUUUAAUGUGAAAAUUAGCGUCUGACUUCUAUAGUUAUUCCCUGGAACAGGAAGCUCCACAGAGAUUGCUGGAGGAAGUUUUCUUUCGGAGGAACUCAGAUAAUUGCCUUCCUUCAGAAUGUUUUCUGUUGCCUGUUCUCAUGUUGAGUUGAGAUACAAAUAAUUAUAAAACAGACUGUAUUUAGAAUUUAGUUUAACCUAAUGUGGGAAUUAUGCAAGCACUAAUGUCUGUGCCUUUCCAGACCCUAAUACGAUCGGAUGACUCUGAUACAAUUAGUAUGAAUAUCCUGCUGCAGUACCAUCAUGCUGCUUGUGGUAGCUUCUAAAUGAUUUAGAAGAGCCAUGUAGCACCACGCCUGAUUUGGGAUGUUGUCAUCACCCCUGCAUGGCUUUCCCCCACCUACAGCUGUGCUGUCACUUGGUUGGUUGUCUGGUAAAAGUGGAAGCCACAUGGGCACAUGUGGCAGGUAUGGAGUCUUGCAGGUUUUUUACACACAACCAAGUGGUGUAUAAAGGGUGUGCAGAGGGCAGCCUGACACCAUACACAUCCACUAGUGAGACGUGGGGACUAGACUUGUUUCAGCAGGUACAAGAGGCUGGAGUUACAGGGCAGGGAAGCACAGAGAUUAUUUAAGUGCAUUCAGAAAGGUGACUUCAGAGGGUCUGCACGUUGCAGGUGAGCAACCCCACACCUGUUGCAUUUCUGGCAAGCUUUUGUGAAAUAAUGGAACAGCGCCAAUCUGACUUUUUGUCCUUGUGGCUGCCAGGGGAGCAAGUCUUUGCAGGGCUGGAGGAGCAAGCCCGCCAAGCCAUGAUGAAAAACAGCUUUCCUGGAGCUCUUGGGGACCAAAGGCCAGCUAUUCAUCCACUGCAAGAUCGCGAUUUCAGCAGCAGUGGCAGUGAUGAUGAGGAAACCACCCACGAUGAAGUUUCUUCCCACACUUCAGAGGAGGAUGGCUCAGUGCCAAAGGUGAAGAAAGAACUGGAGAAUGCAGAACAACCUGCAGCUGGGACCCCACUAAUGAGAGAAAAUGAGGUUCCUGAGAGCUUGAAUGCUGACUCCAUGCUGGGACUGUCAAAGUGUCCCCUCUGCCAGCUGGAGUAUGAAAGCAGAGAGCAGCUGAUUGCUCAUGUAUACCAGCACACUGCAGCUGUGGUGAGUGCCAAGAGCUACAUGUGUCCUGUAUGUGGCAGAGCCCUCAGCUCACCGGGUUCCCUUGGACGACACCUCCUGAUCCACUCAGAGGACCAGCUGUCAAACUGCGCAGUGUGUGGAACACGCUUCACCAGCCACGCCACAUUCAACAGUGAGAAGCUGACAGAGGUGCUCAGCGCAGAUCGCCUGCCUGUGCCACAGAGCGAGGGCCCCUCCAGCGUCAGUGGGAAGGACAUUACCUUUCACAGCCCCGUGUAUCCUGCAGGCAUCCUCCUGGUAUGCAACAACUGUGCUGCUUAUCGUAAGCUGCUGGAGGCGCAGACACCCGGCAUGCGAAAGUGGGCGCUUCGUCGGCAGAACGAGCCCUUGGAAGUGCGUCUGCAGCGCUUGGAGCGAGAGCGCACCGCCAAGAAGAGCCGGCGGGACAAUGAGACUCCCGAGGAGCGGGAGGUGAGACGGAUGCGGGAUCGAGAGGCAAAGCGCCUGCAGCGCAUGCAGGAGACAGAUGAGCAGCGAGCGCGGCGGCUGCAGCGAGACCGAGAAGCCAUGAGACUGAAACGUGCCAACGAGACUCCAGAGAAGAGACAGGCCCGGCUCAUCCGGGAGCGGGAGGCCAAGAGGUUGAAGCGGCGCCUGGAGAAAAUGGACAUGAUGCUGCGGGCACAGUUUGGCCAGGACUCCUCUGCAAUGGCAGCUUUGGCAGCUGAAAUGAACUUUUUCCAGCUGCCAGUCGGCAACGUGGAGUUGGAGAACCAGCUGCUGGGCAAAAUGACCUUUGAGGAGCAGAGCAACAGUACGGUGCAUUGAGCUGCAGCCAAAGGCUGCCAUCUCCGCUGCGUCUGUCACAGACAAACCAACAGGCUUCUGUGCUCGGGGGGCUGCUAUAGCUCCCGGGGUCACACUCCUGCAUAGGUAGUUCUGGCUUCCUCCUGAAAUAGGAGGAGAAUGGAGCUGACAGACGUCUGCCAAAGUAGAUUUGGUGGAAGCAGAUUUGGGCCACAGUCUGGGGGGCCAGCCACAGCCUUCAGACAGCGGGAAAAUAAAUUAAUGUUUCAUGUUUA